UAAAAUUUAUCCAAAUUAUAUCAGCGUCAAAUCCCUCUCAGAUGGAAAGACAUUUAUAACUCGGCAUGCUUGAAAUCUGAUUAAAGUUUACCGACAAAUCUAUGCUCUCAUCAAGUAACGAAAAGAAGUUCAUGAUACUUAUUCGGGAGAAUAUAAUAACGAUGACAGCUAAUGAAACAUUAGACUUGCAGAAUGUAGCAUAUUCUAUCUCGUUGACAAAUUUGUGGCCCUGAAAAGGGCCGUUUCUGGUGUAAGAAAAGACCGAAGAGAAGAAAUCUACUUAGUACUUGUGUACUUAGUCACAGCCUUUGUGCCUUCAGACACGGCGUGUUUUGCCAAUUCACCAGGCAGAAGAAGGCGGACAGCCGUCUGGAUUUCGCGACUUGUGAUGGUAGAUCGCUUGUUGUAGUGAGCAAGACGAGAGGAUUCUCCAGCAAUGCGUUCAAAAAUGUCGUUGACGAAGCUGUUCAUGAUCGUCAUGGCUUUGGAAGAGAUGCCAGUGUCAGGAUGGACCUGCUUCAACACUUUGUAGAUGUAGAUGGCAUAGCUCUCCUUCCUCUUGCGCUUCUUCUUCUUGUCUCCUUUAACAAUAUUCUUCUGGGCUUUACCGGCCUUCUUUGCUGCCUUCCCACUAACCUUAGGUGGCAUUUAAAUUUUCGAUUAUAUGCUGAAUCCUACAGUAUUUGUAGUAUGCGGUCUUAAGUCUUACGGUCGAAUUUAUAUUCGGUUCCAAAUACUGCUCUACCUGAUAGUAGCCAAUUCAAUUCGCUUGGGACCAAUGAAGGUAGCACACUAUGGCAGAUGUUCUUGGAACAAAGAUUCUAGGGAUAGAGCUUUCCAAAGGGAAUAACAAAUUGCAAGAAUAAAGGAACAAAAUUGUGCGUGUCAGAAAAACGCUAAGUGUUUGCCUAUUGGUUAAAAAGAUUUUACUACCGCUUCAGCAUCCCAUCCACCCGGGUAUAUAUACUAAUAUUUUCUUUUUAACAACUUAAAGCAAAGUUCCUCGAUUGUAGGAACAUCUUCUUCUAACUCACAAACUCAUCAUGUCCGGUCGUGGAAAAGGAGGCAAAGUAAAGGGAAAGUCAAAGACUCGUUCUAGCAGGGCCGGACUUCAAUUCCCCGUCGGUCGUAUUCACCGCAUGCUCCGUAAAGGUUCGUACGCUGAGCGUGUCGGUGCUGGUGCCCCUGUCUACCUGGCUGCCGUCAUGGAGUACUUGGCCGCUGAGGUACUCGAGUUGGCCGGUAAUGCCGCUCGUGACAACAAGAAGUCCCGUAUCAUCCCCCGUCACUUUCAGCUGGCUAUCCGCAACGACGAAGAGUUGAAUAAACUUCUCUCUGGUGUCACCAUCGCUCAGGGAGGUGUCCUGCCCAAUAUCCAGGCAAUUCUCCUGCCGAAGAAGACUGACAAGCCAGCCAAAGCUUGAUUUAUGUUCACUUGACGUUCCAUACCAAAUCGGCCCUUUUCAGGGCCACCAUUUUCGUUAUGAAAUGUUAAUCGCAAACUUUAGUCCAUAAUUCUGAUAUUCAAAUUGUGGUAUCUGAGUUUCUAGUUUCAAUUAAAGAAUUUUCAUUUGAGCAGUGAAUUUGGUUAAAGUUAAAAAUUACUUUGGGGUCCAGUUAAACAUAGUUUUUGUAAGAAGUCUAUAUCCUGUGGUGGACAAUAUCGCCGACAGCAACAGUUGGAUGCAUUUGCAUCUUUCUUAGGUUACAAUAACUUGUAGAGUCGUGUUUUUUGUAUUUAAAAACUGCAAUUUUCAAUAAAUACGUAGAUAUUA